GUGACAUCGGAGGAGGAAAAAACAAAACAAAGGCCUCGUUGCCAAAGAAGAAGAAGCGAACGAAGACGAAGCAAGAUCAAGCACAGACAGAUUAGUGGGGGUUGGUUGGUGCAGCUUGGGUCUCAGCGUGCUUGGCAUUCCCUUCCUCACAACUUUUGCGAGCAAGACAGAGGGAGACGAGCAGAGAUGAGCAAAGAAGCGGCUGUGACGGCCUUCCUGGCGUGCGAGCGCUUCAUCGUGGUGGGCGCGAGUGCAAAUCGCAGCAAGUUUGGCAACAAGGUGCUGCGCGCCUUGAUCAACAAGUACGGCACAGAGAACGUCCUUCCAGUGAACCCAAAGGAAGAGCAAGUUGAAGGCGUGCGUGCCUUUGCCAGCGUCGGAGAUGCGGUGGCCACGUGCAACCCUUCCACCACUGGCGCAUGCAUCAUCACGCCACCCAAAGUGUCGGCAGAGGCCAUCAAGGCGCUGGGUGCCGCUGGUGUGAAACACAUCUGGCUCCAGCCUGGUGCAGAGGAUGCGGCUGCCAUUGCAGCCGGGGAGCAGUUUGAACUCGACGCGUUUCUCCACUCUGGGCCAUGUGUGUUGGCCACCCUGGGCUUUUCAGACCAUUUCUAACCCAGAGGGCGGGAGUGUGCGUGCGUGCAUGUGCAUGCGAGUGAGAGGGAGGGUGUAUGUAUGUGUUUGUGUUUUGUAUGUGCGUGUGUGCGUGUGUUUGUGCGUUUGUGUGUCCCUCGGAUUUCCAUCCUUCCUUCUUCGUUUCUUCCCACUUCGUUUGCUCUCCUUCUUUUGCCUUUGAUGUCCUUUGGCUCAUGUUACCUUGCCCACAGUUGUAAGCUACCUACCAGUGUAAUGAAGAACACAACCAUC